AGUCGGUCGCGGGAGCUCGGCCUUGCCACUCGGCCCGAGCAAUCGAUUCUACAAUCGGAACAAUCGAAUUAAAAUCGAACACCUAAUUCUCUAACACACAACAUCAAUAAAAUAACAUUCUUCCAAUAAUUGAAAGUACAGCUAGUAGUGUUUCGUGUUUUGGAAAUGAAUGUAGAUUGUGCAGUACAGGAUAUUCGAGUGAAACAGGGAUAUUAUUAAAAAUAGGCUGUUUUCACACUGUUUUUGUGAGGGCGAAUCCAGGAACAUAAGUGACGUGUGCUAGCUUACAAUGAUCGUGUCUAUGUGACGUAAGUUGGUUGCGUGUGCGCGCAGUGGAUCAGUGACGUAGUGAGUGACAGUUGACACAAGAUGGCCGACCCGGACGCGUUCGACGACGAGUUGGUUGUCGGAGGUCCGAAUCAACGCAACUGGAGGGGCAUCCUCAUAGCACUCCUCGUUAUCGUCGCGGUGCUGGCCCUCAUCGUGACCUCCGUGGUCCUCCUCACUCCUCCUGAUGAGGGGCCCAGGGUCAAGGGUAGACGGUUGAGGAUCCAGGACCUGUUGACUGAGGAGCUGACUCCUGUACGAUGGAAUGGGACGUGGAUUUCUGGUGAUGAGUUUAUAUUCCGUGAUACUUACGGUGGCAUCAGCCUCAUGUUUGCAGCUAACCAGACCACCAAAACACUUAUGCCAAACACCACUUUUAGGGUGCUAGAACCAGCUUCCUUCUCAGUGUCUGCCGACCGUCGGUUCCUGCUUCUGGCGCAGAACGUGCGCAAGAUUCACACGCACUCCUACCUGGCGAGAUACACCGUCUACGAUAUACUUACUACCGAGUCCUACCCUCUAACUCCGCUGCCAGACGAGGUAGGGGGCGGAGUGAUCACCGAGGGACCCUCACUGCUACUAGCCACAUGGACCCCCAAGGGCCACGGGCUGAUCACCGUCAAAGACUACGACAUAUACUACAGACCGGCUCCCAGGUCGUCCACAGGAUACCGAGUGACGGAGUCUGGCGUGCCAGGCACAAUCCAUAAUGGGGUGCCGGACUGGUUAUAUGAAGAAGAGAUCCUGGAAUCGCGCACAGCGCUGUGGAUGUCAGCGGACGGACAUAUGGUGCUAUAUGCUACGUUUAAUGAUACCCUGGUACACGAGCAGAAGUACCCAUGGUACGGAGCAGCGUUGGACACUGAUGACCCUGCUAAGACGUACCCGGAGAUCAGAAGCGUGAGGUACCCUAAGCCUGGGACGAACAACCCCACAGUGACGCUAACAGUCGCCGAUAUCGCAGAUCCGAAACACAUUCGCACUCGACACCUCACACCGCCCAAAGUUAUUAUAGAAGAGGGUGACUACUAUUUCACGAGUGCCCAAUGGGUGUCUCUCACAGAAGUAUGUGUGGUCUGGCUCACGAGGAUGCAGAACUUGUCCGUGGUCUCCGUCUGCAAGAGUCCUAUGUGGUACUGCCAAGAGGUAUACAGGAUAUCCUCAGGGUUAGACGGCUGGGUGGAAUCAGCACCGUCUCCUCUCUGGUCCGCCGGUGGUGGUGCCCUAGUAACCCUGGCUCCAGUCAGGGAUGGACCAGCUGGGCUGUUCCGUCAUAUUGUGAGGACAGAACAUAACUCCCAUGGGCCCAGAGCUCUGCCCCUCACUCAUGGGAGCUUUGAUGUGGUCCAGCUACUAGCUUGGGACCAUGCAAACCAGCAUAUCUACUACUUGGGCAUCCCAGAAGGAAAACCAGGGCAACAGCACCUAUACAGAGUAUCAUCCGAGGCGCCGAGGCCGGGCUCCCCGCAAAAACUUCCAUACUGUGUUACGUGUAAUUCACAGCCAUCCCCGUCAAUAAACCUAGAGUACUACGGCAGCCUGGCUUCGUCAGGCGACAGUACGUGGGGCGACAGUGACUGGGAUGAAGAGCUGCCGCCCACUUCCCCUUCUCCCAGCAAGAAGAAGAAGAAGAAGUACCCUGAUGGCAUGCCCCAGAACUUGCCGUGCCUCUACCACGAGGCGCACUUCAGUCCAUCAUCAGCGUACUUCGUGCUGGAGUGCCUUGGACCUGGGGUGCCUACGUUCAGUCUUCAUAAGACUGCACUGCCUGACCCAAGACUAAUCGCACAUUUGGAGAACAAUACUAUUGUUAAGGAAAAGUUAGCGUCAAUAGCUCUGCCGACGCCCCGUACGUUUUCGGUGCAGCUAUCCAGUGGGCACGCCGCGAGGGUGAGGCUACUCCUCCCGCCAGGGUUGAGGGAAGAUGAGGUCACAAAGUAUCCACUGGUGUUGAAAGUCCACGGUGCACCAGGAACGCAGCUCGUAACAGAGCGUUGGUCCCUAGACUGGGGCUCGCUAGCCGCGGGCGCCGGUGCCAUACUCGCGUCGGUGGACGCGCGCGGCGCCGGCGGGCGGGGGCUCGGCGCGCACCACGCGCUACAUCGCCGGCUCGGCACCGUCGAGCUGCAGGACCAGUUGGAGGUCGCCGAGUACCUCAGGGACUCCCUCCACUUCAUAGACGCGCGUCGGGUCGCGGUAUGGGGGCGAGCGCACGGCGGCUUCCUCGCCGCCCUCGCGUUAGCUAGCACGCUGAACGUGUUCCAUUGCGGGAUCGCAUUGACGCCCAUCGUACGCUGGCGGUACUAUGCCUCUGCAUACGCGGAACGCUAUAUGGGCUUUCCCAACGCAACGGGCAACUACCGAGGGUACGCAGACGCUGACGUCACGAAACAGGCAGCAGCGCUCCAUGACAAGAUGCUGCUCCUGGUACACGGGACCGCAGACAAUAAUGUACAUGUGCAGCAGAGCAUGGCGCUUGCGAGGGCUCUGGCUGACCAGGGGAGCAUGUUUAGACAGCAGAUUUACCCUGAUGAAGGCCACAGCCUGGAGGGAGUGAAGCGCCACCUGUACCGCACAAUGUCCGCCUUCCUCGACGACUGCUUCAGGAAGCAGGUCCCUCCCGAGACCAAGGCGGGAUUGAGAAACGGAGGGAAUCUAGACUGAGACACGUGGAGGGACGAGGAGUUGUGCUCUUGGUGAGAUCUCACCAAUACGGGUUGAGGACAACUCCGAGCCAGAAGACUCCGACGAGAGGUAAUAUAUAACCAAACGAGGAUAACACAAGAAGAGAGAGUGUAGUGAUAAAUCAAAUAACCCGUAGUACAAUUAAUUCCAUAUCCAACGCGUCAACAACUGCCAUCUUCAUACAUAUAGAGAGUUUUAAAAUAAUGAACGUACAACGGAUUCCUUUAAUGCUAGCGCCACACAUGUGCGCGCUUGUUUGUUAACAGUGCUGUAUCCUUAGCAUGAGUUUGCUUUACGUUUAAAGUAAUCGAAACCAGAGUGCAUUCGGCGCUCUGAUUGGCUGUCACGAAUAAAGUAACCAAUCCGAGCGUCGAACGUAAAGCAAACUCAUACUAAAGGGACUCUUCAAAUUGUAUGACACAAAAAUUUGAUGCUAUUUUGUCUGUGCCAGGCAAUGUGAACAAACAAGAACGCACAUGUCUGACGCCAGCAUAAUAAAAUAACAACAAAGCAACAUCACUAAGCUAAAGAAAGGAUUAGGGAAUUAUUUCAAAGGAACAUUGUAGACGGCUUAGCUGUGUCAAUCUGCGACAGAUCUGAAGAAAAUAACGUUGAUACAAGUCGAAGAUAUUCAAAAGAAAAACUGUGCUUUGAGACCCUUUUAAAUGUUAUUCAGUAACAAAAGCAUUUGAUAAGGAAUAAUAUUGUUAGUUUUAAUUGAUGAUAAAAUAGUUAUAUUCCGGACUAGUAAUUGAUUAAUUAUCUGAUUUUCAUUAGAUCUAAUGCGUAUGUUUAUAAGACGGAUCGUUUAAAAGUUUUUAUGGUAUAUCUUUGUAACAAACGCUUUGAAAUCUAAUGAAAGUAAAACACAGUCAAAGAAGGUACGGAUCUUAAAGGAAUCUUAGCUACGUUCAUAAUAAUGUUAAAGUAUUGGAACACUAUUAAGAUUCUGUCGUAUUAUUACAGCGGCGUAUUAUUUCGUUAAGUAAUGUUGGCGUAAAGAAAGAUUACAGCGUUUGAGUAUUGUAGGUAUAAUGUCUUGCUAUAAAACAAUAAAUAUUAUUGAUAAAUAAUGAACUGGUUACGUUAUGAUUGGAUGAAGAAAGUGCAUUCACAGACGCUUUCUAUUAAUAAUCAGUAAUGAGUUUUAAUAAUACGCCGUUGUAAUAAUUCGGCGGAACCAUAGCAGAUAGUUAUGAGAAACAGAAUAUCUCAUUACCUAUAUAAAAAAUCAUAUUUAGUGCUAAUUUUUAACCUCAAAAGUAAAGUAACGCCAACUAUAUUUAAGUAAAAGAAACGAUAUUUACAGCCGUAAGUUUUACACAAACACAUAUCGGUAAAAGUCAAAGAAUUCUUAUUAUUAUUCCUAUUCAAAAUAACUCAAAAAGAAAAAGACCUAUUCGAAAAUAAAUAAUAAAUUAAUAAUACCUACUAUUUUAAAAGUUUCACUAUUAUUAUUGCUGCCUUAUUUCCCGCACAAACACGUAAAUCUUCCAUUGUCCUCUGUGCAUGUAUAAUAAUCGCGUCUUCUCAACAUUUAGCUUAAAAACGCAAUAUUUCAUCUAGUGAAUAAUAAAGGAAUUGAUAAAUAGUUCUUUAGUCAAUCAGUUUGUGAUCUAGUAGUUAAAUUGUUAUAACUAGUGGUACCUUUUCAUGGACUCAUCAUCAUGAACCCUCGAGGACUAACUCCUUGUUGAAUUUAGAAGUUUCGUUGAUCGAGAAAUACUAUAUUGAACUUUUGCUUGUCAUACCGGGGUUUAGAUAAAUAGUAGGAAUAUGUGUAAACAGGAAAAUAUAGACACCCGUCGUAUUAUUAUUUCAACAAAACAUUUUUUGGAACAAUAAUACGCCAAGGUGCAAGGUGUACUUUAUAAACAAAUAUCUGAAUUUACACGUAUGUAUAUUUCUACGUGAAUAAAAUAUAUUUGAUAUUCAGAAACAUCAGUCUAUAUUCCUACUAUUACUAUAUCUAGGCCAAGGCUUGAAUCGAGACACUCGAGUCCGCAUGAAUCAUACUUAAAGCCAUCGCAAUAUUUUGCGAUGAGAAUAAUUUUAAUUCAUUAAUUUAAUUCGCAUAUGAUGAUGGUAAAGUGUAAUUUCUAAAUGACAAAUAAUUGUACAGAUAUUAUUAUAAUAUUUCCCAUUUAGAUUAUAAUAAUACGCUUCUCUGCGUAUUUUAUUAAGUAUAAGAAAGGCUAAUACUGAAACAUUAAGACUUCAAGUCGCUUGAACAAAAUGAUUAGUGUUUUCUUAUGACUAGUAAAAUACGCACCUAUUUAAAAAAAUAUCCAAACAUUUGAUCUUUAAGUAUAAAAUUGCUCACUCUCAUCAAGUUUUGCAUGUAUGCAUUCUAGUCACUUCAUUUAUAGUAUUAACAGAAUUUAAUAAUAAAUUUUAUUAAAGACCAAUAGUACGUUAAAAAUAUUUUAUUAAAGAAAAUUAAAAAGUUUUAAAAACUAAUUAGUGAAGAUUUUGAUGAACUAGUAAGAUUUAGCGCAUUAGUUACUUAGUGAAGUUUGAAAUUUAAAAAAAGUUUUAUUGAAAUGUAACUAAUAUAGCAAUAAUUUAAUAGAUUAAAUACCUCCUUUAUAAGUAAGCACUCUUCCGAUAAAGCACUUGUAAUAAAAGGAUUUUUGAAGCGUUAAAAUUAUGAAAUAUUCUUCGAAAACGAAUACUUAGUGUGCUUGCAGACAACUAGGUUUUAGGAUUUGUGACGUACUAUAAUGGGCAUAAGUCUCCCUUUACUUUAAUAUAAUAAUAUGAACGGACUUCCUCGUUCGAUUUUCAUAUUCAGAAAAUGAAACGAGCGGACGGUACCUCAGCGAAAUCUCAUACCAACCCGUCUGUGUGCAAGCACUCUAAAUCCGCAACGCAGGAAAACAUUUUUCACGUGUCGUAUUAUUAGAGUAAUAAUACGAAUAAAGCUACGACACUAGAAAAAUGUUCACUAAUGUAGGUUGAAAUGUUCCAAAUAAAAGAGUGAAGUAAACUCGAAAAAAAAGAUUGUUCAAAAGAAUAAAAGGAAAAGACCUAAGUGCCAAAAGCGUCGUUUUAUCUCGUACGUUUUCUGUAAGUAAUUAUUGUAAGUACAUUAGAGUCGUAAAGAAAAUUCGAUUACAUUCUCAUGUUUUUUCGUCAUUAGAAGUAAUGUUACGGUCCACUACGCCGACUACGCGCGUCGGAAAAUAAAUAAUAAUACGAGAACCAGAUUAUUUUUUUAUGAAAUAAUUCGUACACUGUAUGUGACUGUAAGUCUUCAUGAUAAGCAGAUUCUUAUUGUGAUUAUUCAUUUUAAUUUUAUUGGCAAUGAUUGUACUUGUUUUUUUUUUCUUAAGGUUUUUUUAGGUUAAGUUAUAAUGUGUAAAUCUUGUUGAUGAAAUUUAUAAUAAGUUUAUAGCUUUAUUUCGUAUCAAUCUCAUUAGCUACUCAGCAUAUGAGGAAUAUAUAAUUUGAUGGUCAAUAGUAUAGACUACCUUGUUGGUCGAGUGGUCGUGAGUGCGACUGCCGGAGAAGGGACCUCGGGUUCGAUGCCCGGGUCAGGCAAAGUAUUGCUGGGCCUUUUUUAGAUUUUUCGAAAAUUUCUCAGUAGGAGCACGGAGUCUGGAAUUGUGCCCAGUAUAUGGCAAUAGGCAAUAUAAUUUGUAUUUGGCCAGUUAUAAUCAGGACUAAAGAGAUUGAUAUGAAUAUAACUACAGACUCAGCACGUUAACCUGCCACAAUCCUGCAAUAUAAUUUCGACUUAAUCACGAAAGCAGAAGAUUGAAAAUCAAAUAAAGACAUAGUGUAUAGGUUGAUCUGCUGUCGUCUGUACUUGUUAAGAAAGAUUAUUUUGUUUGUGUGUGUAUAAGUUGAGUGUUAAAAUGUAAAAGGUUUGGUACAAGCACGUUCGAGUUUGACACAAAAAUAUUAAAAAAAAAAACGCACAGAUUGUGAUUUUUGCCUUAUCGAUGUUCUCGCUGUUAAUAAAAUAUUUCUUUUUGGUUUUUUAUAAGCAACCAGUUUGUCUGUAUUGCUGAAAUGUAAUUUCAACCAGUUAAUCAGUUAGGUACACUAAUUACUUAUCCAUUUAAUUGAUAGUUAAUUAAUGGGUCAAUCUCCAAAACGCCAGAGAAAAUGCCAGAGCGAUCACACGAAUAGGGUGUAUUCGUGUACUCAAAAAUUUUAAAAAGGAAUAUGAGACUAAUAAAGAUAAGUAACUUUUUAAAAUUCAGUCGAAAUUCUUAACGAAAUUCUUACGAUCAAAACGUCCACAGUCCACAAUCAACUGUCAAAUGAAUUUAAACUUGGAACGUUAAUUCGAACCACAGAUAACAUUUAGCAAUACAGAUAAAUAAAAGGCAAUGGUGCAAUCGCUUUGUGAUUACAAUAUAAUAACUUUAAAAAAUAGUUUUAAGCUGUUCUUAUGGCAGCAAGAGCGUUGGUUGUUAAAUGUAGUUAUUUUUCAAAGCAUUAUAAUAGUACACGUGCCAGCACAUGGAACUACCCCACUACUUUAAUCGAUUUUCAAUUCUGUCACGAAGAGUAUAAAGGUGAAAAUCUAUUGACAGUAUGGGGUACCUCAAUGUGCAGGCGUGUGUUUUAAUUAGAAAUAAUCGAAAUAUAAACGCUAUAUUUUUAUUGAAAUAAUUCUACGUCAUAUCUGAUUCUUAUUCUUAGCUCUGUGGUGGGUAGCAUAAUGUUAAAGAAAGUUAAAAGGACAUAUGUACCCAGAAUAGGUACCUACCAUCAUUAAUUGUGGGGACUAAAGGCAAAAAGAACACCUGAAAUAAUUUCCGACAAAAACUGCCCAAUGAAGAUGGCGCCACUAUAGCAAAAAAGGUGCUCUAGUGAUGGUUAGACAAAAUUAGCCUUUCUUUUUUUAACAUUAAAGGCUACUAUACCGUUCUAAAUAAACAAUAUCUAACGCGACGUCCUGCGUGAGCGAUCUAGAAGCGAAUGCGAAGCGGUACGGUGCGGUGUAAAAACAACAAACUGCCGAAAUCUAUUGAAGUGGCCUGCGUGACCAAACACACAUGAGAUGUGGUGCGAAAUGAAGCGAACGCAAUCAGUUAGCUUGAUAUUUUUGUACGAGUCUCCCUUAGUACAAGUUUGUUUUACAUUUAAAGUAACCAAGUCAAAGGAAACUCGUACGAAGGGUACUGAUUGGUUGGUUCAAUCAGUACCCUUCGUACGAGUUUACUUUUCGUUGAACGAAAACGAAACAAGAGCGGAUUCGGCGUUCUGAUUGGCAAGCGCGAAUUAACCAACCAAUCAGGGGUCACGUUUAUGUUUUUUGGUUAUAAUGUACUUACGUACGACAUAGCCGCCGCGUCGCAUCGCAUCGCAUUGAAUUCGUGUGUAACCUCUUCAUAGUCACGUUCGCUUCUAGCGCCCGAAUACUCAAACGCUACUCAAUUUUAAGUUACUUAUAUAUCGUGCUAUCUCUGUCAUUUUAUAAAGAAUUGAUAGUGACAGAACUACAUUUGAGAGCGUCUUAAAAUUGAGUAGCGUUUGAGUAUUCGGGCAUAGAUCUCUCACACAAGACCUGGCUAACUUAAAGUACUUGAAUAAAUUUCUUCACAUAAUUUUCGCUUCAACUGAUAGAAACUUUGAUGCCAAAAUAUGUUCUUAGUGAUUUAGCAGUAUUGUAUAUUUUAUUUGAUAUUAUUACAUUAUAUUAUUAUGUAGUUCUACAGUACUGGUACUUGAUCAGAUCAAAGUAUUAUUAGCUAAUUAAUAUUACCUACCUAUUAUUGUAUUAUAUCGUUAAUUCAUGUGGAGUUUUCAGUCAGUGAAAUAAGGAAAAAAAUAUGUAAAAUAAUGGUUUUAGGAGAUUUCACUAACAUCCCGUGUCUUCUGCAGUUAAAAAUAAAUAAAAAUACUAAAGAGGUUUUUAUAGUUUGGUUUCUGUUUCACAAAGUCUGAUAGGUAGACUGUUUGUGAUAGGUAGUAUUUUCCAUACAAAAUGUAAGUCAGUUAACAACAGUUUAAUCAAACAUUUUGAAACAGUGAAAGGACCUUAGCUAGUUAGUAUAAAUACCUACCUACUUAUACUACUAUUUACUAUUACUAUACUAAGUAAUGGUAAAUAAAUAGUCAUAAAACUUUACCUUAAAAAGUCAAUAGGUACUAAUCAUUGGGUCUUGAAAUACAUCAUGAAUAAGUAUUUAAGUAAAUACACUAAUUUUUUCAACAAGCGAACAGACAUAAAUUAAAUUUCUCCCUCGCCGAUUUGUUAUCUCUUACGGAAAUAUUGACAUUUUGUACGAGGACUUAAUAAAAUCGUAAAAAGAAUUGAAUAAAAACGGAAAGUAGGGAACGUAUUUUAGUUACGGUACUAAAUUCUUUUAUACACAGCACAUUAAAAUAGCCAAAUUGACUCAUUUAAUUUUGAACUUUAAAUUUAUAUGCUGAAGGUUGAAAUUACAAUAAAUCAAUUGACAGAUACGGAUAGUUUGAUAAGCUUUUGACAAUGGGAAGCAAGUCAAGUUACUCAAUCUGUAAUUUAUUUUCAUUAUAUUUUAGACUGUAUUUUAAAAUGCUAAAGUUGUAAUUCCAAUAAAACAAUUGACAGUUAAGGACGUCUUGAUAAGCUUUUGUCUGUACGAUGUGUCGAAUUAAUUCAACGUUUCCAACCCUUUGAAAUAAAGAAUAAAGAAUGGGAAUUAUAUGUUAAUAAGAUACCAGGUACGGAAAGAAUUUCAAUCAUUUUCGUUUUCCGAUGUUGCGAAUUUUUAACGCCUUUUUUUGAUGUCAAAUGUUCUUUUAAUGAAAUAAUGAAAUUAAAUGGAUCGAGAAUAUUUAAAGACUUUUUUAAAAUAAUAAAGUCUUUUCGCUCAUCUCGUUACAGAUCUCAAUCUGUAACGUGGAUUAUUAAACUUUAGAAGAUGUUGGUCUAAUACAUUUUUGAGACCUAAGAAAAUAAUCACAUUAUUAACAUAAUUUAGGUAAUGCCUCUUUGAAAAACACAUGUAUUAAAAGUAAAUUUUUAAACAUUAUAGAACGCACGGCUUCCAAAUUCAAAUUACCCGCUGUACAAAGUUGACACUGACAUAAGCAUUAAACAAGCAAAAACCGCCAUCUUUAUUUGAAUACGUUUUGUUUCACUGACUGGAAGUGUCACAGAAAUCUAUUUAUAAGUAUGUUAUUACUGCAAAUUUUAUUUACUUACUGUUACAAGUGUCAUAUUAUAUUGAUUGAACUCACUCACUUCAUCGAGACUUAUCUAUUGUACUAUGAAAUCAAUAAAUAGAUAUCAUAAAUG